AUGGGUCAACACAACUCGAAAGCGUCCUCUGCAAAGCCGAAGGGGUCGAAACGCAAACGGCCUUCCAGUGCUGGACAAGGAUCUUGGCCUUUACCAAUUCUCACUGUGACAUCGGCCCCCAAGGACCUGGUUGGCACAUGGAGCGACUUUGAGAAUGGUCGUGCUCAGCGUCGUGAAAUGACGCUUACAGAGGAAGCUGUCAGAGAUGGUAUACCUGCUAUCAAAUGCUUUAUAUCCGCUCUGGCCACCCAUUUUCAACAUCAAAACUACUUGGAGCUCUUCUAUGCCUUCAUCGCUGGGUCAAAUGCCAUUGUGUACUGGGUUGAAUUGCGCCUAAAGCUUUCGCAAGACAAGUGGACAAAUGCAUUCGAUAUGAAAUUAAUAGCACGCCUUGACAGUGAACACAUCUACUUCCUCUAUCACCCUGAUACCGACUGGCAUGCAGAAUUCUUCGACCUGGUGAAAAACAAUUCGUUGCCUGUUAACUUCUUGGGCUUGUCUGAAAACCUCGAUUCCUUGUGUGCGUGGAUGUUGUUCUUGCGACGACACCUGAACGGAAAGGCGGCAAAAGCUCGGUUUUACCUAGUCAUUCCUGCCUAUCGUCCGAUGCUAGUCAAAGACCCUCUGGAAUUUCCAGAAGAGCUGUUUCCGCUCACAGUUCGAUGCGAUAUACAUGACUCGAAUCCAUACGUUUGGCUGAAUCUCCCCACUGUCGAUAAUUUGUCUUCCGAUCUCCUACAUCUGGAUCGCAUUGGGAACCUAGCGCGACCUCCAAGUGAAUGGGAGGGACCUGCUGUUGCGGCCGCUGCACUUGGUACGUUUUUACUCGGCGCCGCGACUACGAUUGCACUUGAGGGAGCGAUUAGCGUGGCUUUUCCACCUCUCGCUCCGGUGGCAGCUAUUGGUGGCAUUAUUGGAACCGUAGCUGCAGCUGAUGGUGCGCAAUCAACUGUCGCAGCCUUCACUAUUGUAACCAACUUGACCCGGCAACAGUGGAUGCUGAUCAUCCAGAUUUCACACGCGCAGUACGAUGGAUUCUCCGUGCCGGUCCUAUGGGAGGAUCUCAUUACUGCCUACCAGGGCGGGGGGUUGAGAGAGAGGACAAUUCACGGACGUGAUGUCCUACCGGCUAUUGAAUGCUAUACUCCGUCAAGGCCACCGCCUACUGGAUUGGAAGCACCGGGUGGCCAAGUGUGGCAAUCCGGAAAACCGGUUUUUGGGGUCUGGGGGUUUUGGGUUUUCGGGUCUGGACCGCUUCAUGUCAAGUCAACUUCCCACGCCACUCAAGGCACUCAAGACACACAAAUGUGUGUGACUCGGAACAAGAUCGGAUUCGCGAUCUGUCAAGGUGCGCUUUCCCUUUUCUACCUAACCUCGCCGAGGCCCCCACACGCUGAUCUUGAAAUCCCCCCCAGAUACUACUGCACAUUCGAUCAAGAUCCUCAAACGACGAUCGGCCCUUGUCUUUCGCCCGAUCCUACGCUGACUGCACUCACGCAACUCGGAGUGCAUCGUUUUGGAUGUGAUCGUUCUUUCGUCUCCAUCAUCGAUGGUCAACAGCAACAUCUCAUCUCGGAAGCAACCGCCUCGAUUUCGUUGCGCAAUAAAGAAAACCACCUUCCCAAUGAUGGAAUAUACCUCGGUGUCCGGACGCUCGACCUCGAAUGGGGUGUUUGCCCUCACGCCAUUCGUCUGUUCACCGGACAGGAUCCAUCGAAGAUCGUGAACACGGAAAACAUCACCGCAAAUCGAACCCGGAAUAUCAUCCGCGAUUUCACCACAGAAGAUUUCUACAAAGAUCGCCCUUACGUCCUAGAAUGGCCUUACUUCCGGUUCUAUGCCGAAGUGCCCUUAUACAGUCCAUCCGGGUAUGUGCUAGGCUCAUAUUGUGUCGUGGACAACAAGACGCGGACAGAGUUCGGAGAUGAGGAAGUUGCGGCUCUGCAGGAGAUUGCAGAUGCCAUCUCCCAGCAUCUUGAGAAUGUUCGAAUUGCUCAUUACCACCAACGGGGCGAAAAGUUGGUGAAAGGCUUGACAAAUUUCGUCAAAGGGCACAAGAAAUACGACCUCGCGGAUAAUCCCGCGCGACCUGCAGUGUCACGAGAGAAACUGAGUUUUCACAAUCUGAACCCGUCGGAUAGCGAAAUUCACGCCCAGGAGCCUGAUGCGUCACUCCCGACAACCCAAUCUCUCAGUGAAAAAUCAGCCUUGGAUCGAUCGUCUUCAAUGACCCAAGAUGAGGGAGCUUUUUCCCUUUUCUCCGAGACCAAAGACUCGGGCACAACACGACCGACUAGUCAACCGUCAUCGCUUGCACCAGGCUCACCAGAAUCAAGAGAACCGUCGGCCUCUGACAAGUUCUUUCUAGAUUCAACCAUGGAUGAGGAGUCCACUACUGAACGUGUGGCUGCGAUAUUCUCCCGCGCCGGCCAUCUCCUCAAAUCCUCGAUGGAACUGGACGGCGUAGUCUUUCUUGAUGCUCGCGAAAGCGACUCGCAAUUUGACCUCUCCGAUGCUUCGGGGAACGAAAUUCUUUCAUCAACCUACGAGCCUUUGGAUUCUGUGAACGACCCAUGGGAUUGUCUUAAAGGCAGCCGCUCUGGCAAGCACUCGCCAGAUAAUCCAGAAAUCCUAUGUCGCCCAUUAAACCAUAGUCCAAGCCUACCACCGAUUGAAAACCUGAGUCCGGAACCUGCACUCACUCUAUCAGAACACUUUCUACAAAUGUUGAUCAGAAACUUCCCAAAAGGGCACAUAUUCGACAUGGAAAAUGAGACCGAUACGCUGCAGGGGAAGUUUUCUCGCCAUUUCGCAUCUCGACUACCGGAUGCAAAAUCAGUACUUUUUAUGCCACUGUGGGACUGGAAUAAAUCACGUUGGUUAGCUGGAACGCUAGUCUGGACGCAUGACUCUCGCCGUGCAUUGGGCAUGGAAGAACUGCAUUACUUCAAAGUUUUUGGCGAUUCCAUUAUUUCCGAGGUCUCUCGGGUGCACUGGCGCGCGACAGAGAGAUCAAAAUUUGACUUCGUCUCAUCCAUCAGUCACGAGCUUCGCUCCCCACUGCACGGUAUACUUGGAAGCACAGAGUUGAUGCAAUCUCUGCCCCUCCAGCCCUCCCAGCAGGAUGUGAUGAAAAUGAUAGAAAGAUCCGGAUUGACCUUGUUAGAGACGAUUGAUCAUCUGUGGGCCUCCCUUCCUCAUAUUGCGAUGGCUUUUUCUAAUCGAACUGUUUAUAGGCUGGAGUAUUCUAAGAUAAACGAUUUGGCCACUAAAAUCUCGGCUGACACUAGAGCUCAGGCUGAGAUGACGGAUCGAGACUCCGGUUUUGACCUUGAUAUCUUAGUUGAAGAAGUAGCCACUAUCCUUUGCGCUGAUCACAAAUCACAAUGUGUGACCGAUCUCCCGGUUGCAUCUUCUUCUACUAGGCCUAGUGCGCAAGUGCAUCACCGAAGUCACAGUUACAGUGAUGAAGUGUCAGUCGUCAUACGGAUUGAAAAGCUCGAUUCAUGGAUGGUGCGAUCCGAUCCUGGCGCGUGGAACAGUAUACUGACGAAUAUUAUUCGUAACGCAAUGAAAUGGACUAAAAACGGCCUCAUUGAGGUGACACUAUCCCAAGUGAGGCCGGAAAGUGGCCACGGGUCUUCUUAUGCCCAUGCACGCGUCAAAGAUACCGGCACUGGGAUCUCGCGCGAUUUCCUUAAGGACAUGCUUUUUUCUCCGUUCACUCAGGAAGACCCACUGUCGCCUGGCAUCGGCCUUGGUCUCAACAUCUCACGUCAAUUGGCCAUAUCCCUUGGCGGCGAUAUUGACAUCAAAAGCGAAAUGGGUGUAGGCACCCAAGUCGACAUUCACAUACCUAUCAAGACUAUUCAACCUGUCAACAUACCCGAUGGUCAUUUAUCGAUCCCGCAGUCCCCCGUUUCACCCGCAUCAACUGAUGCAUCCGUCAUUGGAUUACAGCUUCAUCCAGACGUGGAUGAAGUGCCCACGGGGAUCUUAAGCAUCGAUGCAAGACGGAAGUUAUCCAUUCAGAACGCUCUCGAAGAUGUGUUCGCGAGACAGUUAGGCUGGCGUCUGUCACCACGGAAAUCUUUCGACGGAACGCCAUAUGAUGUCGCGAUCAUUGAGGAAGCAUACCUUAACCACAUGCUAAUCCAGGGUUUUCUACCUACGACUGACCCUAAGCAGCUUCGAGAUUACUUCAUUGUCCUUGGCGGAAAGAUACUGCUCUUCACUGAUGAUCUGCCUGCAAAUAUCAUCCGCGUUUCUCCACCAUUCGGACCUCGGAGUCUCCAUGACGCUGCAGAAAAAUUUCUGAAAGUCUUCAAGGCACCGCUCCAUUUGGACCCGACCAAUUUGGCUCCCAUUUCCGCUUUAUCCAUAACUCACCCGCAAAUAUCAUCUUCAGCAACAAACAAGAUCUCUAGCACAAUACCAGAUCCCCCUGAAUCUGUUGUCCAACCAACCGAGUCCUCACGAGAACAUACCCGUGUACUGCUUGUGGAUGAUAAUGACAUCAAUCUCAAGAUCAUGUCUACAUUCAUGCGCAAAAUUGGCUGCCACUACGACACGGCUUCGAACGGACUCAUAGCUCUCGAGAAGUAUGAGAGUUCCAGCCAACGAUUUGACUUCGUUUUGAUGGAUAUAUCUAUGCCCGUGAUGGACGGACUCGUUGCUACAAUGAAGAUACGCGAAUACGAAAGGAGCAACGGAAUCAUUCCAGCCUGCAUCAUGGCUGUCACGGCUGUUGCCUCCAAUGAGACACAGGAGGUAGCCUUUAAGGCAGGGGUCGAUGACUUUCUGGUCAAACCGUUGUCCCUUGCGAAACUUCGCAAAUCAAUGCAGGUUUGA